AUGGACGCAUCAGCGGACGAUCCGCAAAGAUUUCGAGUUCGCCGAUCGCCCUCCAUCGGCUCUGCCGCUGCUCCUGUCACUUCGGCAGUGAGGGCGGGAAAGCGAAAGCUCUCCACCGCUGCUUUCGGUUCGUCGCCUAUCAUAGGUCCUCACCCUCCCUCUUCGCCCAUCACAUCGGAGCAUCCGACGGACGAUCUUGAGCUCAAAGUCAAGCACAACAUGCAAAAUGCAUCGCAGAUCGCUAGCACCUCACGUUCCAACAUCGACACGAGGCCCGACUCUUGCACGCCAGCCUCAGACAAGGCGGCCGCGAACAAUGUUCACCCAUCCUCGUCAGCUCACCCGCACUUCCCAGACUGGCAAGAGCAGCGUCGUUGCCAUUCUAUCCUCGCUGACUAUGACUACUCGCCACCAGCAGAAGAUCGUCGCGAUCCACGCACCUCCAACGGACGCAUCGUCAUGCCCGUCUCCUCCACCCAACCACAGGUGAUGGUCGCUGGUGCCGCGCAUGGUUCGCAAUCGAAUAGCUCGGAUCCGCACACCUCUCUGCAACAGCCGCCAAUAGCAUCUCGCCACCACGAGACAGAUCCUGACGCUCGCACCUCUCCUCUCGCUCGUGCUUCCUCGACGACAGCUCACGAGACCACGUGCCAGGUGACAGCGCCUCGCUUUGCACCGCUUCAGAACUCCGUUUCGCAGACCAGCCUCUCGGUGCCUCCAAGUCCGGAACGAGGUCUCUCUCCUUCCGCGUCGUUCCCUGCAUUUCACUACCAGGCGCCGCAGUCUCGCGCUUCUCCGUGCUCUACGAGUUCCACCCGGACAGAACCUCAUGCGAACACUCUUGAGCAAAAUCCCGCCGGCACACCUUCCCAGGUCGUAGCGAGCGACGUCUCCGGCUCCUUAACGUCGAUGAAAUGUCCUCCAAAGCACGCUGCGGAGCCCGCAAGCACUGAGACAUCUUUCACAGCAGCCUCCGCACGUCCCUUGUCAAGGGUAUCGUCACAGCAUUUCAACGAGCAACAAGCUACACCUUCGCUGACCGUACCAACCCACUCAAAUCCUGCUCAAAGCACCGCCGCAUCGCAUGGAGGGUUUCAGCUUCAGCCUGUACCCUUGGCUAAGCGCAGACGGGUAGAAGACGGAUCGGCCUCCGGAGCCGACCAACGGCAGCGAGAUGCACAUGCACUAGAUGAUACUCGCCGCUUCAGCGACGCAGGCCUUCCUUUGCGCAAAACUCAAAGCCCCAAGCGCCCCAACCCGACUGUUUCCUCCGAGAGUGUCGAUGCGAACAACGGCUCGCACACCGUGUCGUCCAAGACUGCCCUCAAGUACGCCGCGUCUCACCCGAAGGCGGCUGCAUCUACUCGUUCGUCGAUUGCUACAGGUGCUUUGGCAUCCAAUUCCUUCAGUAAUGUCACCGACUCGACUGCCAGCUCAGAGGCAAGAAUGUUGGUUCGCAGCACCAACCUUGAGAAAGCGGCUGCGCCCUCCUCAAUGGCUCCGCUUCGCAAGCAACAGCAGACACUGUUCUCGCGCAGGAUGCCCCGCCUCGUGCGUGCUCAGAGCGUACCCAAUCUGCGUGCCAAGGCGACGUUGGACUUGUCGGCGCCGUCGCACCACCGCCUCAUUCUUCCCAGCCACUGGGCCAGCUACGUCUCGUCGCAAGCUCGCCAAGGCCGCGAGGGAGCCAAGGCGACCAACUCGAGGUCAUCGAAAGGCUUCGCUUUCAACGCGGCCCACUAUUCUGUUGCCUCCAGCAGCUCCCGCUCUCGCUCCACCUUCACACCUACGCUGCAUCCUCCGAUCACUCGUCAUACCUUGCGCGAGCUCGACCUCUUUGAGAUUCUCAAGAACCCGCAGUUGCGCCACGACGUCGUAUUCGAUCCCAACGUCCAAUUCCGGCCCAACUUUGAUGGGGAACGCGGGCGCCGCAAGCGCGAGGCUGGGGAGAGGUACUGGACUGCUGUAGUACGUGAGAUCGAGACCGGCUGCACUUGCACAGCCUUUUCGCACGGACAGCUGCUGCCCUGCACUUGCAAGGCCAACCUUCGCUUGCGGAGGGGCGGCGGUACCGGAACGCAAGAAGUUGCGACACCUUUGCAGCAGCAGUCUCGCAUCCCUUCCCGUAUCCCUCUGUUGGUGCAAGAGCUUCGCACCAUCUGUCUUUCCAUCCUGCCCUCCAACUAUCCUGCUGACAAUGUUGUUGCUGACACAGAGGAGGCAGGCUCGGCAUCGACGGCAGAGGAGGACAAGGGAAACGACACCACGGCUUCCGACGAAGCCACCUCGUCUCGUCGGAAAAAGGCGACGGUCGCGGCAAGCUCCGCGACGUCUUGGGCCGCCACGCAUCAUCAGCUCAUUGCUCAGACGCUGGAUCCCCACCUCAUCUCUCAGCAAUUGCAACACGGCGUGCUCGAUGUUCCCGCUCUCAUCACCUUCAUGGGCUCGAUCCUCAAGCUCCACUGCGCGCCCAUGCGCGACGAGGCGAUCGAACGAAUGGUGGACGUGGUUUGCGUCGACCGCAACAUUGGCAAAGGUCUGCGACUCUGCUUUGAGAUUCUUGAGCUCAUGAAGCUCGACAUCGCCAACCACCAGCUCCGAUCCGCGCGACCCUUCUUGGUGGAGACCGCAGUAGACUUCGAGAUUCGCUGGUUCAAGGAGCAGAUCGAGCAAGGCAAGAUGUCGCUGGAAAGAACCACGACCUGGAUCCAGCAGGCGCUCGGCUCAUCGGAGGCAGCCACCAGCACUCCUCGUAACGAGGCUGUGGCAAAGGCGUUCAACCAGGGCAUGCUCCAACUCAUUUUCGACGUGCCAGGCUCACCCCCCUUGGUGUCGCCCGUGGCAACACCGCUCGGCUCUCCCUCGUCGUCAUCGCUCAACAACACUUUUGCAUCUUACUAUCCAGAGACGUUCCAGUUCGACGCGUAUCGCAUGAUGACGUUCCACAACGACGUGUCGGACCUCACCAUCGUCUACAUGCUAGUGCUGCUCUUCCGACAGCUGUGUUCGAUGCCUUUGGACGGUGGCGAAGCUGUGCCUGCCCGCGUGGGCAGUAUCGUGCAAACCCAGCUCAAGGCCAUAAAGAGCGAAAUUUGGUGUCUGGUCAACGAUGCCAACCUGUGCCUGUCGAGCUCGAGCGCUUUGCCGCCCACUCCGACUGCUGUCAGCGGCGUGACCAGUCCAACAGCGCGUCGUCCUGCUGGAGUCGACGGCAAGCUUUUCGUCGGCAGCGCGGGAGGCUUUGCCAAGCUGGGUCACCCGCGUUGGCGUCGCGCAAUGCAAAAUGUGCUGCUGCAGGUAGCGGCCCGCGCCGCGGCGGUGCAGAUCGCGGCGCGAGAUGGCUCGUCAGAACCGAGCACGGUUAAGAUAGCCGCGCCGUCGGCACCUACACAGAAGCUGCUCAACUCGUGGAUGGAUACGAACCUGCGCAGUGGGUCGGCGCUGCACAAGAUCUGUCAGAGUCGUCUGCACAACGUGGUUCUGGGCAUGCUUGGCGACAAAGUGCGCAAUGGACUGCAGCCCUCGUCGACGUCGAUGGCACCCUCUGCCGCUGCGCCGACUGGCGUCACGGGAACCGGUCAGAAGCGGACUGUGCCUGUUGAGCUACAAGAUACCAAAAUUGGUGAUGCGACGCCCACCAAGAGGCUCAGAAGUGGGGACGAAGGUGCCGCCAUUACAGCCGCCGUACCGUCGUCGGUGUCGACUGCCGCUGCUGCUUCAUCUGUCAAUGCAGCUUCUCCCUGGGAUACGGCCAUGUCGCGCGCUGGCCUCGAGCCCUUUGCCGCCGAGAUCCGUCUGCUCUCAGAUCGCAUCGCCAAGGUGGCCACCUUCCAUUUGCGUGUGUUCCGUAAUUUGUACGAAGGUAUCGAGUCGGGCCGCCACAAGUCUGGAGGCGGCACCCAAUGA